AUGGCCGCGACAGUCAGCGUCCCGCAUCCCGAUCUACCCGAGGCCUCAACAAGCCCCAGUCAGAAGCGGAAGCGGGUGACUGAGUCUGCCUCGCCCGACUCUCGCCGCAACAAGCGCGGGGCCCCGGCUGCAGCCAUGUCGGUGCCGGACACCGACGCCCAGACUUUCCUCAGCGACACGGUCAGCAUCGCCCAAGCUGCCCAGGCCGCCCAGGCCGCCCACGACCAUGUCAAUGUGGACGACUUCAGCGCUCUCGCCCAGGCUAGCGCUUCUGACCACAACGAUACGACUGAUGCCUCCAACGCGUCAAGUACAGCUGCGGCGGCACUAAACAUGUACCCAUCACUGCAUAUCCCGCAGUCAACGGAAGAGGCGUUCGCAAAUCAGGCAACGCCAGAGACUCAACAUGAAGACAAUACCUUCAGCAACCAUUCCGUCAGCCAGGCACCUCCGGAUGGCCUCCCAUUGCCACCGCCCCCUUCGACCAUCCAACAACCGCCGUCGAACGGAGUGCAGCAGGAGCAGCGCUACAGCGCUCCACCCAAUGCCAAGCCCGCGGUAGGCUCUGAAGAUUUUGCAGUCGAGCGUCGCCGCCGUGAGACCAUCAAUGAAGGGAUCAACGAGCUAGCGAAAAUCGUACCAGGUUGCGAAAAGAACAAGGGGUCCAUUCUCCAGCGAGCCGUCUCUUUCAUCACGCAGCUAAAAGAGAACGAGACACAAAAUAUCGAGAAGUGGACGCUGGAGAAGCUGCUUACGGAGCAGGCAAUCGCCGAGUUAAGCCAGUCAAAUGAUAAACUCAAGCUGGAGUGCGACCGCCUCUAUAGAGACAUGGAGACAUGGAAGCAGAUCGCGCAGAGCGCCGGCCUGCAGUUACCGCAGCAGAAAGAGGAGUCCGGAUCCAGCAGCUAG